AGCUGGCAGCAGCCCAGAACUCACCCUGGGCGGCCCUUAAGAGCCUGCCUGCGGCCAGGGCAUGCGCUCCAAGCAGCCCUCCGCCAUGAAAUUGGGGCGGGGGGAGGAGCCCCACCCCCUCCACCUGGCGCCCCCAUGCAUGCCACUCUCUAGUGAGAGAGCUCUGGGGCGCCCCAAUGCGCUCAGCGUAGCCCCCUCCAGCGAGCCCCGGGAGCUCGAAUGCAGCCAGCACCUCCCCGGCCCGCUGGGACGCCAACAGCAGCCAACGGCCCCGCAGCAGAGCUGAGCUGUCAGCGCCACAGCGGGGCGGGGCUUCUGGCAGCUUCUCCUCCCUCCCCAGCAGAGAGGUUCGAGCUCCGGCCUGCUCGUCCCCAGUCCCCCCCGGCGGGAAUGGUUCGGUCCGGGUGCAAUAAUUCUUUCUCCUCCCUUCUCCUCGGCCGACAGUGACGGCGCUUGCCCCGCCUCCGUGGGGCGAUGCUGUGAGCGGCGCUCGAGCCCAGCGCUAACAUGGAGGCGCCCCCCCUGAAUCCUGGCGGCUAUUUCCGGUGCGCCAGCCGCUUCUGGAUGGGCGUCAUCGCCGUCUCCAUAGGCUACUUCGCUUGGACAGUCUUUUUACCUUCAACAAUACCCUACGAGAAUCUGGGACAACUUGGCCAUGUUACUAAAUAUUUAGUGGACAGGCACCCCAAACUGCUAUAUAACGGGUUUUGGCUUGCCUGGGGAAUUCAUAUAGCUGAAGCAUUGUACAGUAUCAAGUUAUGCAAGACCAAAGGCAUCACUGACAGCUCUGUUCAACGUCGAUGGUUCAUCCAAACCUUCCUCUUUGAAUCAUGCAACACAGAAGCGGGUUUUGGGGACGAGGAAGAUGACGAAGAGAUUGAAGAUAGCUCACAGCAAGGAAGUGGAGAAACCGGUUUCCCCAACAGCCAAGAUAUGUUUCUCACCCUGGACCUGCAGCCAGUAACCCUGAACCCACCCAAGGCAUGCGCCCAGACCCUGAAGGCACAGAAGGGACUUCUGCUGCAAAUGUUUCUCCUUCACAGAGGCUAGCGAAGAUUAGAAGGUGAAAAAAAAUGCGGGAUGAAAUGUCCUCUGAGCUCCUGCUGUCCUCCCACAUUGACAGAGGAUAGCAGAAUGCAUGGAGGCAGACAACGUCAGAGUGUAGGAAAGCAUAAUAUGAACGCGAGGAGAGGUGGUGGGCUGAAGAUGAUAGGUGGCAUCAGCUUGCUGACAGAAGGCAAGAGUCGAUGCUCAGGCUGCUGGAAGAUCAAACUCAUAUGCUCCAGCGUAUGGUUGAGCUGCAGGAAAGGCAGCAGAAGCAAAGACCGCCAUUACAGGCCCUGUGUAACCAACAACCCUUCUCCCCAAGUUCCAUAGCCUCCUCACCCAGAUGCCCAAGAACGCGGUGGGGGAGCCUCUGGCCACCCAGCCACUCCACUGCAGAGGAUUGCCCAGGCAACAGAAGGCUGGCCUUCAAUAAGUUUUAAAGUGCAGUUUGGCCUUGUCCUUCCCUCCUCCCCCACCCCUCCCAGGCUACCUUGGCAGUUAUCCCCCUAUUUGUGUGAUGAAUUAAUAAAGAAUGCAUGAAUGUGAA